AUGGCUACUGAACAACCUUUCAGAUUUACCGUAGAUGACUUUGCUGAAGCGCUCGCUGAUCUAGACGGGGAGAUUGGGAAGUCCAAAAACUUGGGAAAGAUUGCCCCUGUCAGGCUGCUCAGCGCAGGAGGCUUUGUUGCGGUUAGCCACCUUGGGAACCGUUCCGCUACCGAAGAUAUCGACUAUAUCAUCGAUCCAAAUAUCGAAAAUUUGGGAAAGAUAAAGGAGAAGCUCCAAAAAGCAAUCCGUACCGUCGCCGACAAGAGAAAAAUCAGCGAAGAAUGGAUCAACGCGCACAUGGAGGUCUUUGCUGUGGGCGGAACUAAGAUGAGACUUUUUCAGGAAUCGAUUGAACAGCAAGUGAUUCUCUGGCAUGGGAAGAAUUUGGUCAUCUAUGCAGUUAAGUGGGAGUGGUCGCUCGCUCGGAAAUUGAAACGAAUAGGAUCUGAACGAAGAGAGGUCGAUAUCAAUGAUGCAGUUGCAAUACUGAAAAUAAUGGUGGACCAGAAAGGCGGUCCUCUGGAGCGGGAGACGAUGAAGGGUUGGAAUUCGAUCAUAUACACCCCGAUCGAGGAUUCUGUGCUAGACAUAGUCGCUGCCGGUUUCUCAGCCAAGUAUGGAGUUCCAGGUAUAGUCUGA